AUGAAUUCCAAUAUGAAAUGGGCUCUAACUGAGUGUCUUGUUGUAGGGACGGUGAUGAUAAUUGCUAUUAUAACAAUAGCAUACUCAAUUCUUCAGUGCUUGAAGAAAGUAGGAACAAUGAUGUCAGCUUAUACCCAGAUUCCAACGGUAGAUAAGGACAAUAAAGCCUUAAUCUCAGAUACUUCAGACAAUAGAGAAAUGGCAUUAGCAAUACCUCCAAAUUCGGAAGUAAAGUUUGCAACUAUGGAAAGGUUCCUCAACUGCAUCAACAAAGAAAAACCCAUCAGGUUCUCACCUGAGGAACUUGAAAGAAUCACAAAGAACUACACCACUAUUUUGGGGUUUGGAGCUUAUGGGCUGGUUUACAAAGGUGAAUUGUCAAGUGAAGAGAAAGUUGCAGUAAAAGUUCUGAACAGCUUGGAUCUUGGGACAGAGGAGCAAUUUAAGGCAGAAGUUAGCACUAUUGGAAGAACUUAUCACAUUAAUCUAGUCAGGCUAUAUGGCUUCUGCUUCACACAUAACAGGAGAGCUCUUGUAUAUGAGUAUGUACCAAAUGGUUCUCUCAACAAUUUAUUAUUUAGUAAUCUCAACAAAAAAGUUGAGUUGGGGAAGCUUCUUGAGAUUGCAAUAGGAAUAGCGAAAGGGAUUGCUUACUUACAUGAAGAGUGUCAACAUAGAAUCAUUCAUUAUGAUAUUAAACCAGAGAAUAUACUUCUUGGCCUGAAAUUUGAACCAAAAGUGGCAGAUUUUGGUCUUGCAAAACUUUGCACCGGAGAAAGAAGCCAUGUGAAUAUGUCAGACUUCAGAGGAACAAGAGGGUAUGCUGCACCAGAAUUGUGGAAGCUUUGUCCUGUGAAUCAUAAGUGUGAUGUUUAUAGCUUUGGUAUUGUUCUCUUCGAAAUUGUGGGGAGGAGAAGGCAUUUUGAUAGUGGCUGCAGUGAAUCACAGCAAUGGCUUCCGAAAUGGACAUGGGAUAUGUUUGAGAACAAUGAAUUACCAGUGAUGCUUUCACUGUGUGGGAUUGAAGAAGAGAAAGACACGGAAAAAGCUCAGAGAAUGUUAAUGGCGGCCCUUUGGUGUGUUCAAUAUUUGCCUACUGAUAGACCUCUUAUGAGUAAUGUGGUGAAGAUGCUGGAGGGUGAUAUAGAAAUCCCUCCCCCACCAUUUCCCUUUCAGAAUUUGGUGUCCUCUAAACCAUAUCUGACUCUGCAGGGAACCAAUGAAGAUUCAGAUGCUUCUUCUUCAUAG